CCCGCCGGUAUCUAUCUGGCGGUCACGACCAGUCCAGAUUCUGGCCGACACGCUUCACCGCUGUCGCCUCUGUCUCCACAUCAACAGCUCAAUCUUCAUCACACCUCCACUCACCUCGGGCCAUCCGGACAGGCCCACGCCGGCUCGCAUCAUCAUCAUCCUCACGCUCAUCAUCAUCCUCACAUGAGAGUGGCCUCAUCGUUGGCCGACUCGGCUGUCUCCGGGUCUGGCGGCGUGAAUUCCGGCCACUCGGGCCUCAGUCUGAUGGGCCUUGUUGGGCAUGUGCUCGCCGCGUCAGCCGGUGCCGGCUCGUCGGCCGGUGGCGCAAUCUCCGUGGGAAACGGUGGCAACGGACCUUCUGGCGGCGGUUGUGGUGUGCCCGGGACUGGGGGCAACGGAGGCGGAGGUGGCGGUCUGUUGCGCAGUGUCGCCUGCCCACAGUUGGGCUGUGGAAAGGCGUUUCGAGACACAGCGGCUAUGCGAAAACACCUGCACACGCAUGGUCCCAGGGUGCAUAUCUGCGCGGAAUGUGGCAAGGCGUUUGUGGAGUCGAGCAAGCUGAAACGGCAUCAGCUUGUGCACACUGGCGAGAAGCCCUUCCAAUGCACCUUCGAGGCAGGCAUCUUUAACCUCUUUUGUCCCAUUUAG